GAGGGAGUAGUAUAUUAAAGAUGAGAACUUACCUAGGUAGUCCUAGUUGAAACAAAUUUAAGGAGAGUCAUAAUUAAGGUCUCUCUUUCUCAGAAGUCUUAGAAAUUUAGCAACAAAUUUGUUCCAUCAAACAUGUCUAUUAUGGUGGAGGUAAGAGUUCCAAACUUGGAUUGUGAAGGAUGUGCUUCCAAGCUUAGAAAAGCUCUUUUCAAGCUUAAAGGAGUAGAAACAAUAGACAUUGAUAUGGAGACGCAGAAAGUUACAGCAAGAGGUUACGGAUUAGAGGAGAAGAAAGUGUUAAAGGCGAUAAAACGAGCAGGAAAAGCAGCAGAGCCAUGGCCAUAUCCAAUUGGUUACUCACAUUUUGCUUCAUUUUAUCAGUACCCAAAUCACAUCAUAAGCCAUUACUACGAUACAUCUCGAAACGUUGCAGCCCCGAGUGUGCAUACAUUUUUUCAUACUCCAUCAGUUUAUUCAGUAGCAGUAGCAUCAGAUGAAGCAGUUGCUUCUCUUUUCAGUGAUGAUAAUCCUCAUGCUUGCACCAUUAUGUGAAAAUUUGAU